AUGUUAACCAAAAGAAUAAGGAAAAGAAAAAAAGACAAACCGAAGACACUAAAGCCAAUUUCUAAUGCCCAAAUGAAAUUCUUGCAGCAACAUUUUUCAUUGAAAGCCAAAUGCAAAAAAGUAGACCGUAGUAGUGUAUCAAUUGUAUUGGAUGGGGCUUUGUUGAAGAAGCAGGUUGAGAUUAAGAACUUAAUUGAUCAAUUGACAGACAUAGAUAUCACAUACAAAGUCGACAAAGAUUUAUUUGAGGAAACGAAGGGCGAAAUUUCAAAGUAUUUGCAAUCACUUGAUUCCAUUCAAGCAGCAUUUGUAUUCUGGAAAGACAAUCAAACCAAUGAAGCGACCUGUCGUGUUGCGUUGUUGAAAAACUCACAGAACACUAACGAUAUCACACAGAACACUGAUGAUGAUAUCAAAGUUAGGAAUUACCACAAUGAGAUUAAGUUAGAAAUUGAAAAGAUUAUGAAAGGUUACAAAAAAACAAUCUCAGUACAAGCAACACAAACAAAGAACUUGAACUUGAAAGAUUUUACCAAAGAUAUCAAAGGAGUAGUGGCAUUUAUCAAAAAUAAUUCUGUCAUGAUCAAAGGUAUCCAUCAAGACGACGUUGACGUGGUUUACGAAAAUAUUAAUGCUGCUCUUGCAAAUUCUCAAACUCGUUCUCGACAAAUCUAUUUCGACAAUAUGAUUGAGAAGAAGGUAGCAGAAAAUGCACUUGAAAGCGCAGCCAAACAAAAGGGUUUGAAGAUGAUCAAGUCUCAAGGCCUUUCUGUUAGGUUGAAUGGAAAAGUUCAAGAUUUAGAUGAAUUUGUCAAGAAACACGUCAGCACUAUUCUUUUGGAUGCUCGUAGAAAAAUUGUGUACGACUUUCUUCCAAUAUCUCAUCAUGAAUACAAAUAUUGGACUAAAACAUUUAAGGAGCUAGCAGCUGAAGCACAAAAGUAUAAUACUGAAAUUGUGUAUGUCGAAAAUUUCACAUAUCAAAUUGAGAAGAUCAAAAAUUGUCUCAUUUACAUUUCAAAUGUUGACAUUUUAGAUAAGAGACUCAAUGUCGACAUUUUAGUGAACAGUGCAAAUGAUCAGCUGCAACACGAUGCAGGAGUAGCAAAAGCAAUUAAAGACGCAGCUGGAAAAGGAUUUGAUGAAGAGUGUAAAAGAAAGUUACAGCAAAAUGGAGGAUCUUUCAAAACGGGAGACGUGAUCGAGACUCGUGCUCAUAACAUUUCUCAUGUGAUUGGAAUCUAUAACGCAAUUCCUCCCGGGUGUUCAAGAAGUCUACAAGAUGAAUGUGACUUAAAAAUGACUGUUCUCAACAUUUUGAAGAUUGCAGAGAACAAGAAUAUUGCGUCUAUUGCCAUACCUCCACUUGCGAUGGGCAUAUUUGGUUAUCCAAUCCCACAAGCGACAAAAAUUAUUGCUGAAGCCAUUUGCGAACACCUUAUCAAUACACCUAAUAGCUCGAUCAGAGAGAUUCAUCUUGCAAAUAAGGAAGAAAAAUCAGAAAUAUCCGAAGCGUAUUCAAAUGUCUUUUCUCAACUCAAUGGCAAUUCAACAACCGUUUAUCAAAACUUUUCACAAGACGAUUACGAAGUUGAAGAAAACAUUUCUUACGAAUACUCCGGAGUUUUUAGAUAUUUUGAUGACAUCUCAAAGUCAUACUUGGAUUACUCCCCAAAUGAAAACAGAAAACUAUGUGAGAAGUUUUUGGAAGAUCCAAAAGGAAGUUUUGUUUUUGAAGCUGAACAGAAGAAAAAGUAUUUGAUCGAUUUUGCAAACAUGAAACAGACAAAUCUUGACACCAAUUUCACACGAAAGAUUAUACAAGUGCCUCAUGGAAGCAGCCAGUUUAUUGAUGCCCUCUGGUUUUACAAAGACGACAACAAUGAGUAUAGUCUAUACCGAGAAAAUCAAUGUAGAGCUAUUGAAGCCGCUUACAAAGAGGGCUUGACUCAAGUGAAUAUUCCAAUGACCAACUCAAAGUACACCAAUGAGGACAUUGUAUAUGUUGUGAAGUUUCAAAAUGGCACUUUUACACAAGUCAACUCAAAGACCAACUAUCAAAGAAUGGUCCAAAGAAUGCCUGUUCUUCGUAUUGUUGAAUGCACAAUAGACACUGACAUUUGUAAAAAAGGUGAUUUGCUAUAUGUUUAUGACGAGAAUCAGAAUGGAGUAUUGUAUUGUGCUUGUGAGGCAAAGCAUUUCCAAAUUCAAGAAAGCAAUGUAAAGCCGGUUGGUAUCACUAAAAUGGAAAAGAAGACAAUAGUGCCAAAGCAAAAGAUUUACAUGUUCAAAGUUAUAUCACUCGAUACAGACAAGGACAUAUUCAAAACAUAUUACAAGCAAAUGAUUCAAGACUCAUCACGAACUCGUACUUGUACUCUUCCAAUCAGCUGUACAAAAGGAAUAGUUGACUCUUUUAUGGAAAGUCACAAGAAAUUCAAAUCACUUCCACCCUAUUUGCUUGAAGUUGACACUACCAAAAUGCCAAUUGUAGUCAAAGGAUUCAAAUAUUCUGUUGACAAAUUCUGUAAGAAGAUUGUAUACGAGAUUGCAAACUCUCCUUCUUUAGCACAAUCCGUGGUUUAUCCUUCCAACUGGACACCUCAACAGAACAAUCUUGAAAUUGUUAAGGUUCUUGACAAUUCUGAUGAAUACUUAAAAAUUGUCAACAGAUUUAAAGAAACCAUGCCAAAUUCUACAAUUGUCUCCAUUGAGAGAAUUCAAAACAAAUUCCUCUAUCAAGCGUUCAAAAACGAAUGGGAUCGAUUGGAAAGCAUCAAAAAGGAACUGAAAGGCUCCUGGUCUUGUGAUCCUGUACAACUCUUCCAUGGAACAAGAGGUACCAAUCCAGUUCUAAUUUACAAUGGACAAGAUGGAUUCGAUAUGCGUUUUUCAGCUUCAGGAAUGUGGGGACAGGGAAUUUACUUUGCUAAAAAAGCGAGCUAUUCCAACGGCUAUGGAUUUACGAAUGAAAAUAACACCAAAAAGAUGUUUCUUGCUGACGUUUUGCUCGGUGAUUACAUUGAAAUUCGUUCAGAUAAUUCCUUACGUUUGCCACCUGAAAAACCUGGUAUUUCCACAUCUGUCUUUGCAACCGUUCGAUAUGAUAGUGUUAAAGGUUUCACUGGUGAUUCUGAUGUAUACAUUGUAUACCAAAAUUCCAAGGCUUAUCCGUCAUACCUGAUUACUUACAGACCUUAA